AUGGCGAUCGGCACGAUUCUCCAGCUGGUCCACUCCUGCCUCCCGCAAGAACCCGUCUCUGCCACGACAUCCCUCUCCGCCGCCUUCACUUCUGGCGGCGGCGACGACGAGGAUCGCAUCAGCGCCCUCCCCGACGACCUCCUCCGCCACAUCGUCUCCAGCCUCCCGAUCAAGGACGCCGCACGCACCAGCGCGCUCUCCUCCCGCUGGCGCGGGAUCUGGCGCUCCGUCCCGCUCGUCCUCAUCGACCGGGACCUCUUCCCGCAACGGCCUCACGUCUCCGGCGGCGGCGCGUCGCGCAGCAUCUGGAAAACCCUCGCGGACGCCGUGACGUGCGUCCUCGCCUCCCACCCGGGUCCCUUCCCCCACGUUCGCCUCGUCAGCAACUUCAUGGACCAACACGGCGACGCGCUCGCCAACUGGCUCCGCCUCCUCGCCGCCAAGGGCAUCGGAGACCUCGUGUUCGUCAACUGCCCGUGGCCGCUCGACUUGGAUCUCCCGGACUCCAUCCUCCGCUGCGCCUCCCUCCGCCGCCUCUACCUCGGCGUCUGCCGCUUCCCGGACACCACCGGCCACCCGCGUGGCCCCGACGUCUUCCCCCAUCUCCAGGAGCUCGGCAUCUGCCACAGCAUCAUGAAGGAGAAGGACAUCGAGCACGUGCUCGCGUGCUGCCCCCUGGAGACCUUUGCCCUCGUCGCUGGCUACUGCACCCCCUCACGUGUCCCCAUCGAAAGCCACAGCCUCCGUUGCGUGCUGCUCUGGGUGUCCAUGUUCGAGGAGCUCGCCGUCGUGGACGCCCCGUGCCUGGAGCGGCUCAUCCUCUGGGGGACGCACGCCGGUGAAGAUGGAGUCAUCAAGAUCACGAUAGGCUACGCUCCGCGCCUCACCGUGCUGGGUUACUUGGACAUGGGCAGCAACGCGCUUCAGAUCGGCGGCAACACGGUCAUCAAGGCUGGAGUGACGAAUGUGAGCCCGACGGCAAGAGUUCCUAGUGUGAAGAUAUUGGGCAUAAAGGUGAAUUUCCAUGUCUGCAGGGAAAUGGAGAUUUUGCCCAGUUUCUUGAAAUGCUUUCCCCAUGUUGAGACACUUCACAUAAAGGUUUCCAGUGAUGAGCACGAGUCCAGUGAUGAGCUCAGUUCCAAGUUGCCGAUUGGGCCUAUAGAAUGCGUGCAGUCGCACAUCAAGAAGGUGGUGUUCGAUCAGUUCAGAGGAGGGAUCAACGAGCUUGAAUUCAUCAAAUUCAUUCUGGAGAGGGCGCAAAUGCUGCAGAAGACGGUGUUUCUGGUGGAUGCUGAAAAUUUGACCAUUGUGGACAAGGCUACGAGCACACUGAAGUCACUGGUUUCCACGGACUUUGCCAGUGCCAGUGAGGAGUGUGCACUGUCGAUGAUUGGACGUAGAGGAGGUCAUCCUGCGUUGAGCUACAGAAGAGCAUCUGAUCUUUCUCUGAGUGACCCAUUCUUUGUUUCUAAGGAGAUGUGAGUGACAGUUUCAUUACUGAAUUGA